AUGACCACUGUCGUGGAGUAUCUUCGGCAACGGUGCCGAAAGAGAGGCCGAGGCCUCAAUCUGACCCUUCCGCCCGAUUGGCACACGCAGGGCAUCUACUGCUUGGGCGGGGAAGUCCAGAAAGGGGGGCGCAUCGAGAUCAGUCAGCGCUGGACGGGUCACAAGAUCUCCAUUGACGUUUCGUCCUUGCCUCCUUGCGACUCUAUGUGCGAUCUUUACAUAGGCCGCAAUUGGAGUGAACAAGAGGCCGAGGUGGUCUCCUCGACUUGUCUCGGCCAGCAAGCAUUCAGGUUCGGGGUUCUCUUUCCAUGCCACAGCCACGAGAUUGGCAGCCACGAGAUUGGGGGGGCCGAUCCAGUGACACCGCCUCCUGCGACGCCGCCCUCGAAAAAAGCAAGGAAGCGGCCGGAAGACUUGCAGCCACGCAGCUUGUCUUUCGAGCUGCCCAAGAGGCAGCACGGCCGUGAGGCGUCUCAAACCAUGUCAGAAGUUGACGUUCAGGCCCCCCCCCCGCCAGGACCCGACAAGAAGCCAUACUAG